AUGUCCAUUGAGCAAUCCUUCCAACACCUUGCCUGUGCACCAACUUCUCUCAACUUGAUUUGGUUCACAGUGCAAAUGGGCGAACUUGCGAAAAAAUUGCCGUUUAAGGAAGCGAAAACAGGAUUGAUCAAGUCAAUCGCACAUAUUUUGCACGAUGAGAAGUUUGAAAAGAUUCGCGGGGACGAAGCGAUGCUCAAUCUUUUCGAGAUGCUCGCCAAAUGCAGCACGAAAAUUGGUGGAGCUGAGGUUUACAAGCAAGCGUACGGAUUGGAUCUGUUUAAUUAUUACAAAGAAUUCUACUUCCAAUGGGCACACGAGUGUGGAAAGAUGAAAUCGGUCAGCCAAUUUCGAACGGUUUUCCACUUGGCUCGAUGCAAACUUGGCAACCGAAUGUCACCGACUUUGAUUGAAAAGGAUUUUGAGAAGAUUUUCCAACAGUACUUUGGCAUGCUGUCGAUGCAACGUGUUCUGGGACGUACAGGAACUCUCGACCAGCUUUUUGCCAAAUGCUCUUUUGAGGAAUUGAUGCCGGCUGAGAAUGUUAGAAGUCUUGGAACCCCUGUUGAACUUUCUGGCGGAAGCGUUACUGUGCUACCACACCGUAGAGUUCUCGAAGUGAUUCGCGAGACUAUGAGCUCUUCAGAUAUUCUGCCAAACAAGAGUGAGUCAUCAAUUCUGCUGGAUGGAUCCCCAUCAACCAUUUGGUCUGCCUGUCCCAAUGAUUCGCUGGAGUUGCUUCGCGCUCGUCGGUUGAAAAAAUGUGAAUUGCAGUCUACGGUCAAUGAUGUAGUGCUAUCCAAAUACACUGAAUCUUUCUCAAUGUCAGGACAACCCUUCAAUGACAGAAGCUCUGCAAAGUCCAAGGGAAUGUUUGCACAGAAUCUUGCAAUUUCUACAACCGUAGAUUCUCAAAAAGAUAUCCUUCACAGAGGAGCAGUUAGAGGAAACAGCGUGCUCGAAGCAUCUACAUGCUCAACUCCAAAGGAAGAGAUUUCAUUUGUUGACGUUUCCACCUACAUGAAGAACCAGCAGCACCAAGAUUCUGCCACAAUGCCCAACGCGGUAUGUAAUUUUAUCGAUUUUACUUACUUACUUUGA